AUGAGCUUGUCUUUUCCAGAGUAUAUAAACCUGGAAUUUACGACAGUAACCGAGAGGACAGCCUCGAGACUGCUUCAGAGGUCUAUCCGCAAUACAAUGACUUCCUCUAAGGUAGCUGACGAACGGGCAACCAUAGAUGCCUCAGAAACGAUCAUCCAAGAAACGCCCAAGCGAAGAUGGGUCAGUUACAUCUGGGAUACAUUCGAUAAGUCACCCGAGGAGCGACGGCUUCUCACGAAGCUUGAUGCUGCAAUUCUCUCUUUCGCAUCGUUAGGAUACUUCAUCAAAUAUCUCGACCAGAUUAACAUAAACAAUGCCUUUGUUUCUGGGAUGAAAGAAGAUUUGGGCAUGUAUCAAAACCAAUUGAACUACAUGCAAGCCGCAUGGACUGUGGGCUACGUAAUCGGCGAGAUCCCGAGCAAUAUCAUGCUCACAAAGGUUCGGCCGCGGUAUUGGCUGCCUGCGAUGGAGCUCCUCUGGACAGUUCUGACGAUGUGUCUCUCUCGCUGUAAUAAGGCAUCGCAGUUCUACGUGCUGAGGUUCUUUAUCGGCCUCGCCGAGAGCACAUUCUACCCCGGCAUGCAGUACAUCAUUGGCUCGUGGUAUCGAAAAGACGAGCUGGCUAAGAGGUCAUGUAUCUUCCAUACAAGCAGUGGCAUCGCCAGUAUGUUUUCGGGAUAUCUGAUGGCCGGCGUGUACAAUCUUGGUGGGAGGGGAGGCUUUAAGGGGUGGCAGUGGCUAUUUAUCAUUGACGGGGUUAUAUCCCUCCCAGUUGCUCUAUUGGGCUUUGUCAUCUUACCAGAUGUGCCGGAAAUCUCUAAUCCGUGGUAUUUGACCAAGCAAGAGGUACAACUCUGCCAGAAACGAAUGGAGCUCGAAGGCCGCAAGAACAGAGGACCGUACACAAAAGCGAAACUCAAGAAGAUCCUCACCUCAUGGCAUAUCUAUUUUCUUACCGGACUGUACAUAACGUUUAACAACGCCAAUGGCGGCCAGCCGGUCUUCCAACAGUACCUCAAGGCCUCGACGAACCCAGUUUACUCGGUUGGACAGAUAAACUCCUACCCAACAACAACCUAUGCGGUGCAAGUUUUUACAACCCUUGUCUACGCUUCCGUCUGGGACAUUCCUGAUGGGUGGAAAUGGACAUGUUACAUCAUGUCUGGUGCUGGGUACGGACUUAGCGGUCUGUGCAUGGCAUGGGCGCACGAGAUCUGCAGCGGUGACAACGAAGAGCGCGCUCUAGUUGUGGGCUCUAUGAACGAGAUGGCGUAUGUGUUUCAAGCAUGGCUGCCUCAGGUCGUUUGGCAGCAGAUUGAUGCUCCCCAAUAUAGAAAGGGGUUCAUUACGGGGACGGUGAUGAGUGUCCUCCUGAUAAUUUUCACGCUCUCAAUACGCAGCUUGCAGACGAGGGAGAAUCGAAAGACGAGGAGGGGUGGCGCAGUCGAGUCUGAGGGGAGCGUUGGGAGUCAGACGGAAGAGAGCGUCAAUGUGGUUGUUGAUACACAGGGGAAGUGA